ACAUAUACAUAAAACAUAGAAAUAAAAAGCCAAAAAUUACAUUAGAAAAGAAGAUGAUGAGAGACAGGCGUGUUUGAUCACUGGGAAAGUGCUUUUAAGGAGAGAAUAUUUGCAGAGAGAGAAAGGCAAAGGCAUGCAAAAAUCUAAGACCCACAUCACAUAACAAUCAUCAAAAGCAUAGACAGACAUAAACCUAUGAGCCCAUUACUACUUUAUUUUCCUUUUUCACUUUAAUGAGGGUAAUGUGUUGUGUAUAUGUAUAUCUCUGUGCUGUUGGUGGUUCCUUUUUUAUUUUUUUUUUUUACAGUUAAAAGAGACAUCACACUCAUUAUUCUUUCCUGCAACUCCUUGUUUACUGGUUCCCUUGAUGCUUGACACUUGAGCUCUUUCACAAUCAUUUCAACUUCAAAACUAGGAGAUAAUAUAAGAGAUGGGUUUUCAAGAAAGUGUCUAAAUUCCAAAUUUUUUGGUGAGUUUUAGGAUUUGGGCUCUCAAAGUUCCUAACUUUUAUGCUUGUUUUUCUUAUAUACUUAAUUGUCCAUUUAUGGGUUUUUGUUUGGGAGUUGAUCUGUAUUAGAUAUGGAGAGUGUAAGAGAAACCGUGCAAUUUGCUCUGUUGGAGAUCUAUGCUUGAAAAGAUCAUUCUUUUUUCCGGGAAUUCGUAUUUUGAGCUAUUGAACUUUGUUUCUCUUCUUUUUUCUGAUAACUAUAGAUUGCAAUUAUUUGUGGUUUAGUUUUUUCCAUAGCUGUAAUUGUACUUAUUUUUUAAUUUGAAGUGGCUCAGUCUUGAAGAAAUCAUUUUCUCUUUUGUAGUGUAGUACUUGGAGGCAAUAAAACUGACUUUAGGGUUCCCAGGAUUAACUUAAAAUACACACCUUUCCAUUUUCUACCUUAAAAAAAGUGUUCUUUCUUCUCAUUUUGCAAGGAAGCCAUCUUCUUGCUGCAAUUUUUGUUUCUUUGUAAAAACUGGCAUAUCUUGAUUUUACUAAUGUCUUAAGUUCUUUUUAAACAUGGCCGAAAUUAGACUAACUAGGUUAGAACAAGGCCAAACCAAGAUUAGAAAUGUCCCAAUUGCUGUAACACCAGAAGGUUUUUGGUGUUGCCCUUCUCCUGUUGUGUUUCAAAAAACAGUAAAAAAUCAGAAUCCUCUAAGCAAAACCAAACCAUCCUCACCACCACCUAAGACUACUGUCCAAAAGAAACAUGCCCCAUUUAAUGAGAGAAAGCCGCCUCCAGCUCCAUUAAGACCUGGAGUUGCGUCUGAUGAUCAGCGAAAUUCAGGUUCAGAUAUUCCUAGUGUUAGUGCUUCUAUUAUUAAUGAGAGAGCACCAAGGCCUAAGAUAGAAAGUGUGCCAAGGAAGGUGGCAAUUGAAUUUGGGGAGCCUGGAACCAGUGAUAUGAAGGUGGUCUUGCUCGGAAAGCAAGGGUUCUGUGUGAAGCUGAGUGUCCACAGGAAUGUCUUAGUGGGAAACAGCAGCUUUUUUGCUGAUAAACUUUCCAAAGAGGAGUCUAAUAUCUCCUGUCUUGAGAUUGAUGAUUGUGAAGAUGUUGAGAUAUAUGUUGAAACGAUGGGGCUGAUGUACUGCAAGGACAUGAAGCAGCGGUUAAUCAAGCAAAGUGUUUCGCGAGUGCUUCGAAUUAUCAAGGUUGCUGAAUUUCUUGGCUUCAACUCCUGCAUUCAGACAUGCUUGGAAUAUUUGGAAGCAGUUCCAUGGAUUGGGGAAGAAGAAGAAGAAAAGGUGGUAUCUUCAGUUAUACGACUUCAGAAUGAAGGUGUUGGGGUCACCCCAGUUUUGAAAAGAAUCUCUUCUGAUGCUAAUCCACCUCAAGAGACACUUUCCCAGAUAAUGGAACUUGUUCUUAAAAGCAAUGAGGAGAGAGGCCGCCGCGAAAUGAAAUCUGUUGUGCUGAAACUCCUUCGGGAGAAGAACAGCCUUGCAAGUUAUGCAGGUCCAACUGACAUAUGUAAUGAAACCAUCUACAGCUCAUAUAGAAGUUGCUUGAAUUCUCUCCUAUCUUUGUUUAGGCAAGCUGCUGAACCUGAGUUCGCAAAUAGACCCAUGGAGAGUAGGGAACCAGUAGUGAAACAAAUAGCCCUCGAGGCUGAUAAUGCCUCAUGGUUACUUGAGAUUUUAGCUGACAGACAAGCAGCUGACGAGUUUGCUUUAAUGUGGGCUAGCCAGCAGGAGUUGGCAGCCCUACAUACAAAACUGGCUAUAGUUUCUCGAUACCAUGUUAGCUGCAUCACAGCCAGGUUAUUUGUGGGAAUUGGAAGAGGGGAGCUGCUACCAUCAAAGGACACACGCCAAAAGUUGUUACAAACCUGGUUACAGCCAUUAAUCAAUGACUACAGUUGGUUACAACACGGUUGUCGGUCUUUCGAUAGAAAGGUAGUGGAGGAAGGCAUUGGGAGGACAAUUCUGACUCUGCCCUUAGAGAAUCAACAGAGUAUCUUGCUCACUUGGUUGGGCAGUUUUCUGAAGGCCGGCGACAACUGCCCAAAUCUCCAAAAAGCCUUCGAGGUCUGGUGGCGGAGGGCUUUCAUUAGACCAUACGUUGAAACACGAGGUAAUCUCCAGUCAGAUAGCUCAAUGACGUCAAAGCAGUAGGCCUAAACGAGUCCGAUCCCCUGUGAGAGUGCUAUCUGUGUGAUAAGCAUUUACUGUCCUCUGCAUCGUGCAGAGAAAUCGCUUCCAUCUGAAAUGUGCAAGAAGAGAAAAAUUGUUGGUCGGACAAUCAUGUAGGAAGAGCUAACAUUGUAAGAAUCCUGUCGGAAGCAAAAACAGUGGCACAAUACUGAUACUAUUACUGGUUUGUUAAUGAAUGCAGUACAGGCUUGUAAGCUUCUUUUUCAGUUGAUAAAUGUGGGUUGAUUGUUUUGAUGUAAGAUAUUAAUGAGGAAGAAAUUGAAUUUUGAAGUUGCUUUUGUUCA